AGUUCACUGACCAAACCCCUUAACGAAAUCAGCAGCCGCUUCCACGGUUUCUACACUGAAUACAUCAUACAGUACUGUACAGCCUUGACAAGACUCUUGAUCACACAAGGAAUUCAAUCGAAGAGACGUAGGAAUUGUUGGAGAAGAUAGGCUAUGUCAGAGAAGGACCCUAAAACAUCUCAGGACCUGACUGUUGUGGUACAGAGUUUGCUACAGCAGAUGCAGGACAAGUUCCAGACCAUGUCAGAGCAGAUUAUUGGGCGAAUUGAUGAGAUGAGUAUGCGAAUUGAUGACUUGGAGAAGAACAUCUCUGAUCUCAUGACUCAGGCGGGUGUGGAGGAUUUAGAGGAGGACAUAAAAGUCAGAGAGACCUCUGGAACAGGUUGAAGGCAAUGGACCAACACAAUCCUAGUAGACUGCCAAGGAACAUAAUGAAGACCUUCUGCUGCAGUAUCAGAAUUUUUUAAUGAAAUGUUAAUUGAUACUUUUUUAAGUAAUUAAUUAAAAAUGGUGCUCGUCUUACAUAAUACAUUACAUACUGUAAGGUUUAAGACUAUAUUACUGGACAGAAGAAAAACAUAUUAAAACUUGUUUUUGUAUUUAUUCAUUGUAAUCACGGGGAAAUCAUGUGAAUCCUGCAUGUUUUGCUGAUUAUUAAAAACUCCAUAAAAUGGC